CGCGCGCGCGCUCCGCGUCGCUCAGAGGCGUGAGUCGGCGCGACCGGGGCGGCAGAGAGAAAAGGACCCGGAUGCCGGGGCUAUGGAGUUCCCCUUCGACGUGGACGCGCUCUUCGCGGAGCGGAUUACGACGGUGGAUCAACACCUGCGGCCGUCGGGCCGGAGGGGGGCCGGCUUCGCCACGACCCACAGGGUGGAUCACCAGCAGCAGCUCAUGAGGAUCAUAGAUGAGAUGGGCAGGGCCUCUGCCAAGGCCCAGAAUCUGCCAACUCCAAUCACCAGCGCCUCACGAAUGCAAACCAACCGCCAUGUUCUCUACAUUCUGAAGGACAGCGAAGCAAAAACGGCCGGGAAAGGAGUCAUAAUUGGCUUCCUGAAGGUGGGAUACAAGAAACUCUUUGUACUGGACCGCCACGGAGCUCACAAUGAAGUGGAACCACUGUGCGUAUUGGACUUUUACAUUCACGAGUCCCUCCAGAGGCAUGGCUAUGGCAAGGAGCUCUUCCAUUACAUGCUGCAGCAAGAGCGAGUGGAGCCUCACAAACUGGCUGUGGAUCGCCCCUCAGAGAAGCUGCUCUGCUUUCUCCGGAAACACUAUAAUCUUUGUGACACUAUUCCCCAGGUGAACAACUUUGUGAUUUUCCAGGGCUUUUUCAGCCACCACCAUGCUCCAGUGAGAAAGUUGCCUCAAAAGCGUCAUGAGGGGGAGAUAAAACCAUAUUCUUCAUCAGACCGAGAGUUCCUGAAGGAAGAAGUUGAACCACCCUGGCCCUUCAACCAGUCUCGCUCACUGACCCGCUCCAGCAGUCUGGGCAACUCCCCAGUGCGAGGCUGCCUCAAGCCUUUCCUCAAUGAGCAGGAGCUGCUGAAGAACUUGCGCCUCUGCCCUCCCCACUCAACGGCCCACCUUCUGAUGAAUGGUGAGCCCGGAGACCCAGCUUCACAGAGGCGGAGAACCAGGACAGGCACUCUAAAGGACAGCCUCAUGGCUCAGAAGUCUUCUUACAGCCGCUUCAAGAACUCUGCCCCAGCCAUGGAGCGUUCUGAUAAAAGAGCAAAUGACUUAGAGGACAACCUCAGUUCACCCAGAAAGCUUCAGGAGUCAGAGAGGCUGGACAGCACUAUCAUCAGCCCCCCAGAACCAGCCAACGUCGGGCAGAUGGGAGAGACAGCUCAUCCUUCUGCAGAAGCUACACAUCAGAGGAUGGAUUCCAGAACUCUUAUGACUCUAGCUCCUCCAGAAAGGAUUAAGGACCAUUACGCUUUGGCAGUCACAAACAGCCAACCCUCCUGCGAAAACGGCCAUCACGUUGCCAGACUCUCCCCGCAGCAGAACAGAGGGUGGCACAAUCUGCCCAGGAGUCCCUGGCAGAUGAAGCCGCUAUGGACAGUAGCAGGGAGCCCCUAUGAAGCCAAAUGGAUCCAGCACAAGUAUCUGUAUUGCAAUACCAGACCCUGGUGAGAGGAAUGGCCUGCACUUGUGGCUGUAGUCUUCAGCCAAGAACAGAUAAUCUUGCCAAUAUGAGGAAGAGGACUGAAUUAGCUUAGAUUCCUCUCUUGCUGACAACCCGUCUUACCUGGAAUGUCUCCUCCCUCUGGCAUUAAAUUGGUAUUUUCCUGCUCCUUUUCCUUCUGCCCUGGAUCAGACCACCAGAAGCAGCAUGCCAUUCACUAUAUCCCUCUCACUCACCUUGAUGUGGUGCCUUUCUGUUGUAUUUCCUGCUAGCUCCAUUCAGUUUGAAAUCCUCCUCUUUUCAUCGUUUGAAACUAGUGUUUUAAUGAAACUCCGUUCAAUUAGAGGUGAUCCUGCAUUUGUUAACUUAAAAGGGCCUGAAUUUUUACAGAAUUCAGAUACCAGUGCUGAAAUGUGCCAACCGAAUUUUACUUGGCAAAUCUUAUGUGGGUUUUUGCUCCACCCCAAGAAAAAUAGGAAAGCCUGAAUUCAAAUUUUCGAUAAUUGUUUCGGUACAAUGUUGGAAUUUCCCACAAACUUUGAGAAGGGAAGGGCCGCUCACUUCCUUUUCCUUUGCCCUGAAUAUGAAGAGCGGUAGGAAGAAAACACAGGAAGGAAUAAAUAGCAUGUGCGGGAAAUCAACUUGGUCCAAUUUAAUCAAAAGGGAUUUAGCACUUCUGGAUCCGCUUAAUCUAGAUUUAAAUUUACCCCUUCCAGUUUGGUAUAUUUCUCUUCCGAAUUGGACUAAAUAUAAUCUACAUCAAUAUGGUCUUAGUAGAGCGUUUAGUUCAAAUUAGCCAACACUGGAGUUAAAAGUGAGUUCAUACUUAUUUCAUUGAAUGAAUGCCUUACAAAAUCAGCUAAGUUCACUUCCUAUGCCUUUAACUUUCCUGUUCCUUUUCUUCUUAUUGUUUUCUCAUUCAUUUUUUAACUUAUUAAUGUGUCUAGGCCAAAGCUUCUCAAGGCUUUAAUAACAGAGCAAAUGUUAGUUUCUUUUUCCAUAUAGUAUUCUCUCCUGGUGGUAGUGGCCACAUCAAUUUAAACCAUUUAGGCAAACCAUUAUAGACUCUGGCAUCUUCUUCUGCCUCUACGUUGCACCAGCUGGAAAGGAGCGCUAACUUAUGCAAAGGUAAGUCAGCAGCUUGUCCAAACACGGCAGGGUGAACAUGAAGGGGCAAAAACAUUUUAAAUAGAAGCGCAGCCAUUAACAGUAUGCAGCACCUUAACUGGGCCGCUUGGAGAUUAGGAAGAAUUUUUAAGAUGAUCUAAUGAAGACACAGGGUGUUGAGCUUAAGAGACUGGAUAGUGUCAACUCCUCGUGUCCGUCAUUUGCACAUGUACCAUCAUACAAAAUGUGCCAUUAAAUAUUGAAUUUAACAGAA